AUGCAUCCAAACAUUGAGGCACAUGACGGAAGCACACCUCGUGCUUCUAGACAAGCAUCACCAGAACUCCGACCAGAAGAUUCUGCAUCGCAAGUUGGAGGACCACCAUCCCCGACUCCAUCACUCCUCCCCGCAUACAUCCCCCCUGCAUGGUCUUACGCUGGACAACAGUACGAGCAUCUCGAAGAUGCUAUCAGACAAUCUGCACCCGGUGAGGUCCCGGACAACAUUCGUGAAUGGGUGAUCGUCGUCAUGAAGUCAAUGGUAGACAAUGAGCUCAAGAAAAUGUACAAUGUGCUCGGCGACAAAAUGUACGAGCACAAAAGGAUUCUUGAGGCCUCAAUCGCAUCGGCUCAAAAUGAACGACAACUCAAAGAGGCAGUACUUAAGUCUGAAAAUGAGAAGCUCUCAGACAGGAUCAAAGCCCAGGAUGCACACAUGAUCGUCCUCAACGAUGAGAUCACAACCAUGCAGGGAUCCAUGCUAGACAUGGGAAAAAGGAUGAUGGAACUAGGCAGCGAGAACACUAAGCUCAAGGUCCAAUCCCACUACCCCUGCAUUAAAAUUGCUGAACCUCCACACUACUCGGGCAAAGGAAGUCUGGAGGACUGGCUCCAACAACUCGGUAUAUGGAUGUGGUGGAAUGAGAUCAACGAUGAUGAACGCAAGAUUACCACGGUGCUGCUGCACUUAGAAGGAGGUGCUUUUACAUAUAUGUCUGAAUACGCAACAAAUGCAGCAGCAUGGCAGGUGCUCGGUACUUGGGAAGACUUUGUCAAUAUUCUCAAGGUGAACUACAGGAUGCUCGACCCAGACAAAGAUGUGCAACAACAUCUGAAGGAGAUCUGCGCCAAGACCUAUCCCACGAUGGUCUUCUUCACUAAACAGUUCUGGCAAUGGGCCACUAAGAUGAACUUAGGGCACACCACACUCAUUGGCUAUAUCACUGAACACCGAAGCAAGGAAAAUACCUCGACCUCUGUCUACAACUCGAAUCCAAGUUCAGGGCCGACAAGGCAGGACAGUGCAGAACAGCAACAACACAAUCAUCACAAGCACCAAGAGCCUGAAAGGAUCCUAACGCAAUGGAUGUGGACCACGUCACCCAACUCACCAAGGAACAGGAAGGCUGGCUGGAAAGAAAGCUCUGUACAGAAGUGCCCCGACCCAAAGUACAAAGGCAAAUUAGAAAUGCCCAGACAGGGACAAGCGACAAGGGCAAUAUCGACACCAGUGGCAUCAAGCAGUUCCGAUGAUGGCAAAGUGAGGGAAGAAGCAGUCUGUGCCUUCCUCGCCAGCUAUGAUGCAAAGGAAAAGGAUGCAGAACCAGAACCAGCUGUUAAAGCAGCUAGGAUCACAGAGGUGGAAAGUGAUGAGGAUUUUCUUCGGCGGGUUCUCUGA